AUGAUAGAUGAAGGGUACUGGACCUUUAAACAGCUUAGGAAAGAGCUGGAGGAAAACGGGUUGACACUUAUGGAAUAUCCCGAUGGAAGGAUAAGGAUCGACUUUGCUAAGGGAACAAAUUCCGCAAGACUCCGGAAUCUCACGAGUAUUCUGGGUUACCGGUCCUGCAAUGGUCCUACAUACACACCACACAUUAGCGAUCGUCCCGUGGACAUCCAUGAAGGCUUGCGGUACCUCACAGUCAGUUGUAACCUUGUGAAUCGCGAGCAUAACAUCGGACCAUAUGGAAAUAGGAGUACCGUCAUCACUUCCCUUCCCAUCGAUGGAACAAGACCUCUCUUUGGAACCACGACGAAAUACAACGACAUUGAAAGCCAAGUACGGGUGGAUGCUGGCAAAUACAGCGAAAUCCGUUUUUAG